UUUGCACAUGAGCGAGCAGUCAACGAGGAUACAAGGGCUUCCAAUCCGAAUCUGAAUUCCUGGGCCUUCGCGUUCUGACUCGGGCAGGAGGCUUGACGACAAACCUGAUGUAGCCUAUGAAGCUCAAACACUUGCGUACUGAGCUCAGACCAGGGCUGGCAGACUGUUGUCGCGCUCGCCGCGGGCUUGUCACCGCUUGAGUCUCUCUCCGCCUGCACGAAAUCCUGGGAAGUGUACUGCUGCGAACUUGCUGAGAUAAGAAGCCAGGCCGGGACCUUGACGGUCGUGUCGGGCUACCUGGCCUUUGGGGCGCCAAGAACGCGCAGUUCGGUCCGCGCCCGCUGGUUUCAUGCAAUUCAACUGUAUCUGGAGCCAUAUCUGCAGCGAGGAGGUCUGUGCGCACGCGUUUGGAAAGGCGCGAAAGCAUGGUAGCGGAGGCGGGAGUUGCGGCAGUUCAGGUGACUAGCCAGGCUGGAGCGAUGCGAUCUGUGCUGGUGAAGUCGCCGUGGCCGGGGCGGACGGCGCUGCUGGAGGGGGUGCCGACCUCCCAGCGCCUGGUGGAGGUGGUGACGCAGGCGUGCCAGCGGCUGGGCAUCGCCUGCGGGUCCAUACCGGAGGAGGAGGUGAGCCUGUAUGCAGCCGACCUCCGGGAGCUGCCGCUUGACAGCAGCCUGGCAACUGCGUGCAGCUCCAGCAGCACUAGCCCCAGCAGCCCCAGCCCGAACAGCGUCGGCCUUGGCACACCAAAUGGUGCCAGCGCCAGUGCCGGCGCCGGCGGGGGCGGCGGUGGGGGCCAGGGGGAUGAUGAGCCGGUGCUGCUGCACCUGCUGCCGUACAAGGUGCUGUGGGAGGAGUACUGGAAGCGGGCGGGCGGCUGCGGCGCCGUUGCUGCAGCGCAGCGGCGGCGCUGUGCGGAUGCGGGCUGCGCCGCAUGCGCCCGCGACAUGGCAACAGCAGCUGCAGCAGCUGCGGCGGCAGCAGUCGCUGCCGCUGCCGCUGCUGCCAACACGGCGUCGGCUGCGGCAGCGCCCGCUUCUGCCUCUGCGGCGCUGCUAGCUGCUUCCACCUCCAGUGGCCCGCAGUCGCACGCGGUGGCCGACCUGACCGAAUCCCCUGAUCACGAAGCCCACUCAGUCAGCAGCCCCACGGCCGCCGCCGCAGCCUCCUCCACCGCAAUAGCAACCACACCAGCCACAGCCUCCACGUCAGCACCCACCGCAUCAGCACCCACAACACCAGGCGGGCUGCUGGGCGAGGAGCCGGACUGGCUGCCUCUGUACUGGCACCUGGCCAUGUCCGACGCCGCCCACACACACGGCAUGGCGGCGCCGCCGCCGGACGGCUGCCCGCCCGUUCCCUUCAUCCACGACGCCGACACGCCCCUGUCCGUGAGCCUGGACGUGUUCGCCGCCUGGAUGGGGCUGCGGCAGGGGCAGGCGCCGGGUGCACCGCCGGGCGCCGGCGGCUCGGAGGGGCCGGGCGCGGCUGGGCCGGGACAGGGGCAGGCGCUUGGGGAGCGCGGGGCGGGCGCCUGCAGCAGGCAAGCGUCUGCAGACGUGACCGUGGUGGCGAUUCCAGUGGGCGCGGCGGAGGGCGAUGACGCUUUGGCGGUGGCAGGCGCAGGAGCGGCCCCAGGGGACGGGAAGGGGGACACGCCAGGCGCGGGCGUGACGGCGGUGGCGGCGGUGGCCGCUCGCGCGUCUGCGCCGGUACCGGUGCCGCUGCCGGCUGACAAGGCAUCUGGGUCGGGCGACUCCACGUCGCCGCAGCAGCCGGCGCCCGGCUGCGGCGGCGGCUCCUGGUGCCGGCACAUGGAAUGGCUCCGCGGCGGUGGCUCCCGCAUGCUGCGGCUAUUGGGCGGGUCCGGCUCCACCUCUGGGUCUGGGUCCACCGCGGCAUCCUCCUCCGCGGCCGCGCCCGCCUCCGGCGCCGGCUCCACGCCUAGCAGCUUGGGCAGCGACCCUGGCAGCGGCGUCGGCGUGCACGGCAUUGCCGGCAGCUGCAGCCUGGCGGGGGGCAGCCCGGGCGACAGCGACAGCAGCCUCGGCCUGGCAGCGGCUGGUGGCGGUGGCGGCAGUGGCGACCGGGCCGGUGACAAUGCUAAUGCGACUACGGCGCCACUGGGUUCCGCGCUGGCGGGCGUGCAGCCGCAGGCGCUCCCACUGCAUCAAAGGGCGGUCGCUGGCAAGGCCGAGGAGGAGGUGCCCGGCGCGGUGGCGGCGUUGGUUGCCGCGGCGGAGUCGGCGGCCGCCGGGCCGCUGGCUGAGCCCCAGGGCCAGGCGCUGCACCUGCUGUGGCUGAACCGGGUGGUGUCGGCUGCCGCCAGCCCCGCAGAGCUGGGCAUGUGCGACCAGUCCGUGGUGGCGCUGCUCAACCUGUGCGGCGGCGGCAGUAGCAGCAGUAGCGGCAGUGCCACUGGCAGUAGCGGCAGUGGCAGCGGCAGUCAUGGGGCGGCGGCGUGCGCCGCCUGCCUGAUGGCUCGCGGCGCACUGUACGGCGAUGUGGGUCUGGUGGAGGCGGCGCUGGCGGCGGGCGGCCUGCCGCCGCUGGACGAGCAGCAGGUGCCGGCGCCACACGCGCGCCGCACCAUGACGCCGCCAGCGACAUCAACGGCAGGAGCAGCAGGAGCAGGAGCAGGAGCGCCCCAUGGGCUGCAGGAGCAGGGGCGUCGGAGCAGCAGUGACGGCCGGGAGGGGCGGUGCAGCGGCUGCGGUGCCGGGGGCUGUGGCGAGGUGCUGCGGCCGCCGAUGCUGAUGCCGCUGGGCAUUGCAGCGGCCAACGGGCAUGCGGCGGUGCUGCAGCUGCUGCUGGAGCGGCGGGUGGACGACCCCAACGUGUGUGACAAGUUCGGGUUGCCCGCGCUGUGGUUCGCGGUGGAACACGCACAGGCGGGCUGUGUGCAGCUGCUGCUGGACGCUGGGGCGCGCGCCGCGGACUGGGUGUUUGCCACGCCCGGCGUCAUGGCGGCCGCGGCGGCGGCUGCGCUGUCGCCCUCCGCAGCGGCGGCGGAGCGCGCGGCGGCGGAGCGGGCGGCAGCAGUGGCGGCGGCAGGCCUCCCGCCGGCUGUGGCUGGCUACUUGUGUCUGAGUCACGCGGUGGAGGUGGGCGACCUGGGGGUGGUGCGGCAGCUGCUGGCGGCGGGGGCCUGCCCCUACACAGCAGCACCGGACGACGCAGCCGGGGCAGGCGGAGGAGGAGGCCCGGGCGCAGGCGGCAGCGGAGGUGGCGGCGGCGGGGCAGCAGCAGCAGGAGGAGGCGGCGGCGGCACGGCGUACCACACCGCUAUUGAGCGGGGGGACGUGGAGGUGCUUGAGGCUCUGCUUGCUGCGGACCCGGUGUUUGCGGAGCUGCAGGCGGCGCAGGCGGACACGUAUCGCCGUCUGGUGCACGUCAGCCAGCGCCUGGAGCGGAGCGAGGUGGCGGGCUGCCCCUGCGUGCAGUGCAACUACCGCGUUGCCAUCCGCGCCCCGGCCAGCGCCGAGACGGAGGAGCUGCGCUCCCAGCUGCAGCUGGUGGCGCUGCCGGCGGUGAUGGACGGCGCGCCGCCUGAGGCCGCGGUGCCGCUCAUGGCGGCCAUGAGGCGCGCAGGGGCGCUGCUGGACGCACACGACGCCGACGGCUACACGGCUCUGCAUCUGGCGGUGCGGGCCGGGCACCUGGAGGCCGUCAGCGCCGAGACGGAGGAGCUGCGCUCCCAGCUGCAGCUGGUGGCGCUGCCGGCGGUGAUGGACGGCGCGCCGCCUGAGGCCGCGGUGCCGCUCAUGGCGGCCAUGAGGCGCGCAGGGGCGCUGCUGGACGCACACGACGCCGACGGCUACACGGCUCUGCAUCUGGCGGUGCGGGCCGGGCACCUGGAGGCCGUCAGGUGGCUGCUGCAGCAGGGCGCCGACCCGACCGAGCGCGACGCACUAGGCUACAUGCCCCUGCACCUGCUGGCCCACUACGGCUGCAGCGCCGCGCCGCCGGCAGCAGCAGCUGCAGCCGCCGCCGCGGCCGCAGCCGCAGCCGCAGCGGCUGCCGCCGCCUCUACCACUUCGCAGGCAGCCGACGGGGCGGCCGCCUCGGGCGCGGCAGCGGCUGCGGCUGCCGCCGCUGCCGCGGCAGCGACGGCUGCGCAGCCUUCGCAGCCGGCGCCGCUGGCGGGUGGUCAGCUGGAGCUGGCUGCUGCGAGGCUGCUGGUGGAGGAGGCGCGUGUGCCGCUGGGCGCCAAGACCACCUGCUUCGCAUACGAGGCGGACGUGCGGGUGGAGGAGAAGAAGCUACGCGCCACGCCACCAGCCGCGGCAGUGGCGGGCUCCGCGCGCAGUGGCGGCCGCCGCGGCGCUGGCGGCGGCGGUGCGGGUAGCGGCUCGGCUCGUCAGCGUCUCAAGGCGCGUGACCCCAUGAUGACUGUGCCGCUGUACGGCGGCCACACGGCGGCGCAGCUGGCCCUGCGUUACGGCAGGCCGCUGCUGCUGGCCUACCUGCUGCACCGCGGCGCGCCCAUGGACCUGUCCAGCGCCACCAGCCGCCACUGCCUGGAGAAGGCGCUGGAGGCGGGGCACUCGGCGGCGGCACGCAUCCUGCUGUCGCACGUUCAGCAGAAGCCCGGUGGCGCCGGCCCGGCGUUGCCGGCCGCCGGCGCGGCUUCCUCCACCGCCGCCGCCACCUCGGGCUCAACCGCCCUCGCGGCCGCCACGGAGAGCAAGCGCGCCGCCGCCCGCGGCGCCAAGCGCGCCGCCAAGAGCGGCGGCAUGGCGCGUGACGACAGCGCGUCUCCGCCCAGCGGCCUGAAGGCGGCGGCCGAGGCCGCGGCUUUGGCUGCGGCGUCGGUGGAUCCGGCCGCAGCGGCGGCGGUUGUGUUCGGCAGCGCCGUUGGUGGCGAUGAGGUGGCGCACGUGGCGGCGCUGCUGCGGCAGCCCCUGGUGCAGCUGCAGCUGGGCGCAGUGGCGGCGGCAGCGGCGGCGGCCGCUGGCGGCGGCGGCGUCGCUCAGGUGUCUGGCGGCGGCAAGGGUAGCGGGAGCGGCGGCGCUGAGGUGGCCGCUGUGCCGCAGGUGCCGGUGGCGGUGCCUGUCUCCGUGGCGGCGGAGGCGGUCGCGGCAGCGAUGCUGCUUGAGCGGCGGCGGGCGCGGCGGACCAGCGCGGCAACGGCCGCCAAGGAGGCUGCUGGCGGCGACGGCGGCGCUGGGGCCGGGCCGCCUGUGCUGCCGCCGGCGGGGCCGCUGCCGACCGCCGUGGCCGCUGAGGUCCCAGCGGCAGUGGCCGCCAAGGGCGCUGCGUUCGCGCUGUCUUCGGGCGCCUCAGACGCGCUGCUGUCUGCGGCGGAGGGCAGCGCUGCUUCGGCCUCGGCCUCUGGGGGCGUGGCGUACACCGAUCCGGGCAGCGGCAGCAUCAGUGGUGCUGACGAGCCGUCUGCGGCAGACGACGGCACCGGUAACGGCAGCCGCAGCAGCCGCAGUGCCCGGCGGCGCGCGGCGCGCCGGGAGGCCCGCAAGGCCGCAGCCGCAGCGGCGGCAUCGGGGCCCGCGCCCGCCAGUUUGCCAGUGGCGGCUGCGGUCGCUGCCGCAGGCAAGGCCGGCCCCGAGCCGGACGCUCCGCCGGCGCCGGCACCGGUUGCAGCGCCUGCGCGCGAGGCCGAGGCAGAACCCGCUGCGGUUGUUGCAACCGAGCCAGCACCAACGCCUUCUGCUGCUGCUGCCAAGGCCGGCAGUGGCAGUGCGACGGCCGCCGCAGGGCUUGCAGACGAGCAGGUGCAGCAGAAGCCGGUGGGGAAGGUGAAGACGUCGGUGCGCGGUCGCAGCAGCAGCGGCAGCACCAGCACCAGCAGUAACGGCACUGGCGGCAGCGGCAGUACCAGCGAUGCAGCAUCGGGGGCUUCCGGCAAGAGCACGCCACGCGCUGUGUCUGCGAUUGCCCCCGCCGCGGCCGCUGCUCCCAGCAACGGCGCCGCCGCCGCCGCCGCCGGCCCCGCUGGCGCCGCGGCUCCUGCCAGCGCGCCGCAGCCUGAACUCGACGUCACAGCGCCUGCUGCUGCGCCCGCACCCUCAGCUUCCUUAACAGCCGCCCAGGCGGGUGCAGCGAGUGACAAGCGGGAUGCGCGGGAUGUGGCGCUGGCCCGGCCCGCUGACGUCAGCGGCGGCCUGGGCGUGGGGCCGCAGGAGACGCCCGAGCAGCUGGCGUUGCGGCUGCAGCAGCAGCUGCAGAUGGAGGCGGCAGAGGCGGCGGAGCUGGCGGAGAUCGCCGCGGCCAUUGCCGCCGCGGAGGAGGAGGAGGAGCGGCUAGCGGCAGGCGGCGGCGGCGCCGAUGAAGACGAGGGCGAGUGGCAGGUGGUGGGCAGCCGGAACCGCCGUGGUGGCGGUGGCGGCGGCGGCGGCGACGGCGCUUCAGUCGCUACGCCUACAGCGGCGGCAGCUGCCGCUGCUGCUGCUGCGCAGCCUGCAGGAUCGGCUGUGUUCACGGGGGCCGCAAGCCGUGCUGCCGCUCCUGCUGCGCGUGCGGACACGCCCACGCGGCCCGCAGCGGCUGCUGCGGCAGGCUCCGGCACUGCGGCUGCGUCACUGGCCGCUGUGGCGCUGUCAUCGUCCGUGGCCGGCAGCCGCUCGGCCUCGCCACUGCCCGGCCAGCGCGCCGCCUCCGCUGCCGCGGAAGCCGCCGGUGCCACCACGCCCAAGCCGCCGGCGACGUCGGCACCCGCCGCCAGCACGGCGACACCAGCGGCGAUGGCGACCGCGGCGGCGCCGGCGGUGGCGGCGGGGAGCCGUGUGGCGGCAGCGGCGCGGCGGCCCAGCAGUGACUCGCUGGGCAUCACUGGCAGCGGCCACGGCUACAUCGAGGUGCCGCGCAGCCUGCUGUACGGCAAGCGGGGCGGCGGCGGGGGCGGGGGCGCUGGUGGCGCCGCCGGGGCUUCUGGAGGAGUAGCUGGCCAGUCACCGACGACAGCAGCUGCGGCUGCAGCGGCUGGGGGGACAGGGCCUGUCGGGGCGGGGACCCCAGUGUCAGUUGUUGGCGGUGCUAUGGUAUCAGCGGGUGGGCUGCCUCCGCUGCCGUCGCUACCGGCCAUUGCUGUCAGGCUGCCGCCGCCGGCGGUGACGGCGACACCGGGUGCUGCUGCGGGCCCAGCCAUGGGGGCGGCAGCAGCAGCGGCGGCGGCAUCUGGGUCGGCGGGUACGCCCACCUCAGUGGGGCCUGCCCAGCCGGUGCACACCUCCUUCGCGGCAGCGGUGCGCGGCUGCGAUGCGCCGGCAGCGGCCGCGGCCGCGGUAGCGGGGCCUGUGUUGGCACCGGUGGCCAGCCCGUCGCAGCCCGCAGCGCCGACUGCGGUGCCUGCCGCGGUGCCGGCGCCGGCAUCGGUGCCUGCAUCACCUGUGGCUCCGCCGCCGCCAUCGGCAGCAGCGACCACGGCAUCCGGCAUGUCCACGCUGCCGCCUUCCUCAGCACCGGCAGUGGCGGCUCCCACGGCACCGGCUCUAGCUCCGGCCGCGGUUCCGGCGAGCCCUUCAGCUGCAGCUGCCGCUGCACCUCCCCCUGCUGCCCCGCCCCAGGCUCAGGCUCAGGCGCUGCCAGCAGCAACAGCCCCGGCGGCGUCAUGGGCUGCCGCAGCCGCCGCCGGCACCCCGGCCGCCGCGAGCACCGCGGCCAAACCGCCGGCUGCUGCCCCCGCUGCCGCGACAGCAGUGGACGCUGCGCCCUCACCGCUCGCGGGCUCCGCCGCCUGGCCCUCUCCCGCCGCGGCCUCCGCUACGCCUGCCGGCGCUGCGCCCACCACGGCGAAGGGGCGCGGCAAGGCUGCCGCCAAGGCCGCCGCUGCGGCCGCAAGGGCCGGCGGCGCAGCCGCCACACCAGCACAGCCUCCGGCUAGCACCGGCGCUGGCAAGUCUGCAGGCGCCGCGACCAUUAGCAGCGCCAACGGCUCCGGUGCAGCGGCGGCGGCGCAGCCGCCUCCCUCCCAGGCUUCCAACUGGAAGCUCAACCCGCAGGCGCACGAGUUCGUGCCGCCCGUCCGCUUCGCGGCGCCCGCCGCGUCAGCAGCGGCAGCGUCAGCCGCCUCCGCCGCCGGCGCCGCGCUGGCGGCUGCCUCGUACGCCGGUUCCGCCGCCGCCGCGGCCGCGGGCGCAGUCCACCUGACCGUGUCUAGCGUGCACAUCGGGUCCAGCGCACCCCCAGCAGCAUUCCCAGCAGCAGCGGCGGCGGCGACGCGCGCACCCGCGGCCGGCGGCGGCGCCGCACUGGCCGUCACGGGCUCCGGCGUGCUGUCGCCCUUCCAGACGCCGGGUCAGGCGGGAAACGGCGGUGGCAGUACGGCACACGCGGACGCGCACGGGCACAUGUCGUACACUGUGUACGGCACGCCGGUCUGCGCGGGAGCGGCGGCCGUGAUUGCGCAUACGGGCGGGCCGCCGCCGCCGCCGUCGGGCGCCGCGGCGUCGGGCUUGCCGCCGCACAUGGCUGGCCACCACUUGCCGCCGCCGGUCUCGCCCGUGGCACAGGUGAUGUCAUGGAACGCGGUGCAGCCCAUCCAGGUGGUGUCCUCGCCCAUACGCCGCCUGCCCGACCUGCCCGACCUCUACCGGGCCAUGGUCUCGCCCUACUGCGGCGGCGGCCAGUCCGGCCAGUCCGGCUCCGCCUCCGGCUACCUGCCGCCGCCCUCGCCGCGCGGGCCCGGCGCCGGCGCCGCGGCCAUGGCGGCCGCCGCCGCCGCAAGCGCGGCUGUGUCCGCGUCAGCGGCGGCGGCUGCCGCCGCGACGGCCGUCGCCGCGGCAGAGGCUGAGGCGGCGGCGGCCGCCGCCGCCGCGGCAUCAGCAGGGGCGCCGCAGGACCGGCAGGGCUGCGAGUCAAGCGCCGGAAGCGGCACCGCGGCCAGCGCCGGCAGCUCCGCCCCCUCCUCCGCUGGCGUUGCCUUCAGCUCUGUCGCCACCUGCUGCCCAGGCUCACAGCCCGCUGCACAGACCUCCAACUCCUCCACCACCUCUGCUGCUACAGCCGCCGCUGGUGCCGCCUGCGCCGCCUGCUACAACCCGCUGGCGGCGCCGCUGCCGCAGCUGUCCAUGCUGCCGCACGGCCUGUUCUGCGGCGAGCAGCUCAUCCGGCCCACAGCCACACGGCUCUGGGGGCUGGACCCGCUGCAGCAGCUCCGAGCCACGCAGACCUGCCUCGACGCCACCAUCGCCGCUGCCUUCGGUGUCCCCGGCUAUCUCGCUUACGCGCAGCAGCACCAGCAGCACGAGGCGGCGGCGGCGGCGCAGGGAGCUGGUGGCGGCGCGCCUGACCGCGCGCCGGCGGUGGGCGCAGCCGCCGCUGCGGGGCUGCUGCGGCCGCUGGCGGCGAACGCAGUGAGCACGUCCGCGGCCGCAGCCGCGGCAGCGAUGGAGCUGGCGGCGGGUGCGGCGGCAGCGGCGGGCGGCCUCAUGUCGCGCCUUGACGACCUGUCGUGGCCGCUGCCGGCGUCGCUCAUGGCAAGCGGCGGCGGGGCGGCGCCCGGCUCCGCCGCUGCCGGUCGCACGCGCGGCGCGGGGCCUGCUGCUGGCGCCCAUGAUGACGACGACGGCGGGGUGGACAGCGGGGAGGGCAUCCGCGCGGGCCGCUGCAGCAGCAGCGGCGGUGCCAUGGCGAGCGGCAUCGUGCGCGCGCUGGACAGCAUAUUUGCGGAGGAGGAGGCGCAGGAGCAGGCCAACGAGGCCGCGCGGCGGCAGCAGCGGCAGCAAGAGCAGCUGCAGCUGCAGCAACAGCAGGAGCAGCAGCGGCAGCAAGACCAGCUGCAGCUGCGGCAGCAGGAGCAGGAGCAGGAUGGCACAGGGGCCACGGACGCGGCAGCCGCGACGGGGCCUGCAGCUGCGUCAGCCGGCAGUGAGCCCACUGCGACGACGCCUGUAUCGGCGGCAGCCGGGGCGGCUUCAGGGGCACUGGGGCAGCACAUAGGCGCGGCGCAACAGGGCCCAGCUGCGGCUGCGGGUGCUGGCGGCACCGGGCCGGGUCACACCGCCUGGACGGGUGGAAGGAGCUUUGCCUCGGCUGCGGCCGCGGCCAAGGCCCAACACCCGCACCCCCAGCACCCACACCCGCACCAACAGCACCUCCCACAUCCACAGCAUGGGCACCCGAGCCACGCCCAGCACGGGCAGCACCAUCAGCCUAGUCAGCACCACAGCCCACACCACAGCCAGCACCACCCGCAGCACAACCCCAACAGCAGCAGCGGGCGACCUGGCAGUGGUGGCGGCGCCGCGCCGCCGCCCACUCCACCCAGUCCCGACCUCGCAGCGGACUUCCCGCCGCUGCGGUCCUCAGCCUCCUCGGCACCUGCGCAGGCAUCGCCACAGCAGCAGCCCGGGCGGGCGCCGACUGGGGCGUGGGGGUCCCACAUGCGGCCGACUGCUCCUGCCGGCGCCAAUACCGGCGCGCUUGCCGCGGCAGCGACAAACGGCGGGACAGGUUCUGGCGCAGCGGCAGCGCAGGCGCAGCAGCACAGGCAGCACAGGCUGGUGCACCCACCGUCGUCGUUCUCGGCUCAGGCGCUUGCGCCCACCGGCAGUGACUGGCGCGCCGCGGUGGUGCGGCUGUUUUCCGGGGCCUGCAGCCCCAGCGCCCCGGCCGCGGCCCAGCCGGCGGUGGCGGCCGGCGCCCUGUGGUGGACCGCUAUGCGCCACGCCCCCGAGCCGCCCACCCUGCAGCAGCAGCAGCAGCAGCAGGCAGCUGACGCGCAAGCGGGGCCCCCCACGGCAGCAGCAGCGGGUGGCGGCGCGCCCUCCAACUCAUCAAGGCAUCCUGGCCGGGCCGGCAAGGCGGGCCAGCGUGGCAGCAAUAGCAACAGCACUGGUGGCAGUAGCAAAGGCGCUAGCAGCAGUGGUGUGCUGAUGAUGACUCAGCAGGUGCAGGUUGCGGGGCCCCUGGAUGCGGAGAGCAUGAUCACCGCCUGCAUGCAGGGCCGCCUGGCGCCCGGCACCGAGGUGUGCGGGACGCUGGCGGGGCUGGCAGGGCCGCCCCCCCUGGAGCUGUUCGAGGGGCUGGGGCGGCUGCUGGCAGGGCUGCAGGCGGGCGGCGGCUGCUACAUGCUGGUGGAGCGCUGGUGAGCAGCAGGAGGAGGAGAAAGAGGAGAAAGAGGAGAAGGGGCGGAGGUGGAGGGGGCAGCGGUGAGGAGGCCAGGAGUAGGCCACACACUGUGUGGGGGUUGCAUUCCGCUGGCAGCGCGCGCCGUGCGACUGGGUGGAUGGCUGUACUCAAUGGCAGGUCCGGUGGUGGGGUAGGGAUGGAUGCGGCCGCAAGCGGCAGCUUGUGGAGAUGGUGUGCGAAGGACGAAGGGGCGCAUAUGCGUGCAAAGCAUGGGCCUUUGAACAAGAGAAGAGCAGACUCUCAUUAUUACGUGCUGUAGCAUUCGAGGUGGGGAAGAAGAUGCAGAGGAAAUUGGAGGCGUGCGCGGGCUGGAACAGGUGGAGUGCAUUCAAACCGAAGCCUAUCUUGCAAACUGACUGGCUGACUUUUGGACGCUCAUCGCGCUUUUUUGCCGCUUUUGCAGCUCGCAAUUUUAUGCCAGCGAAGGCAAUCGCCGGCCCGUGGAUGGAUAGUGAGGUCGGGGAGGGACAUUACUACGUACAUGGAGUUGCAGCGGGUGGCACCUGCCACCUCCGCAGGCUGCCGCGCGCAACAUGCAUGUGUGGGGCGGGCGAGCAUGCUAGCAUGUCAUGUGUAUCGCGGACAAGUUACAGGAGGCCGAGGAGGAGGAAAAGGAGGAAGGUGCUGCGCUGCGCACGCACUCAGCACCAGCAAGGUUGUGCGGGCGUGUUAUUGGGUUGAGCAAGCGCAGCGCCUGGAUGCUGGGGACAGGACGCGUGGCCCUGUGGGCCUAGCUGUAACCGGACCAGAGA